GCAGUGGUGAAACGGCACUGUCCUCCACGUUUCCCUGGGUUACCAUCAACAAGUCCGUUAGCCCGCUGUAGCUAUGUCAGUGUGCCUUUAUGUGUAGUUAACUAUAGUACCAUUUAUUAUGAAUAGAUGUAUGAUAUGUUUGGAACCAGACAACAAUCAUGGGACAAUCAAACUUUGCAUAAUGGUAAUGUAGCUAUAAUGGUAGCAUAGGACGCUUAGUGGCUAGCUACUUGUUACACACUAGCUAGCAUGCUAAUGUCAUCGAACGCAAUCAGAGGAAACUGUUUCUAGUUUUCACAAUGACAAAUCAGGAGUUCACGACACUGGCUUACAAGAAAAGCCCGAAAACAUCGAGGAGGACAACAUUUCAGGAUGAACUUCAGGCUGCUGUCUCUGCCAGGGCAAGCAAAACAAAACCAGACCAAUUUUCCUACUCUGAUGACUUCAAUGAAGAUGAGGAUGAUUUUCUGAAUGAACUCCUCAAAUCAAGAAAAAAGAGGGCUGGUUCGUUUAAAGCUGGGAAAAGUAAAGCCAAAAUCAACGACUUCGAGAUUUCAGACGAUGAAGGCAAACAUGGCAGGACGAAGAGAGUUUCGUUUCUGAAAACCCAAAGAAUCAGUUCUCCCUCAGAAGACACAACGGCAUCAGGGUCACGUGAAAACGAGCCGCCUGACUCUUCCUUCGGUCAACACAACAAUUAUAACAACUCAUUUUCUUCACAGCACUCAACAAAUGUGGGUGAAGAUGACAUACGAUUUAAAAACAGUGAUGUGGAGUCUACCAAUCCUCAUAUCACAAGAGAGAGCUCAACUAAAUCUCUGUCAAACGAAACAUCAGAUGAUACUCUACUGGACAUGCCUUUGCCUUUACCAUCUGACAACAGUGUGAUGGAAACUCCAGGUCCCAAGGAGAAGAGCAACUCUGUUCUGGAAGAAAGCUCCCAGACUCCAGAGUUAUCAGCAACUGACCUCAAACACGUGUCCUCAGCAGAUAGUGCUACCGAGAGGGAGCCCCCCAGGCCUAAACCGAGGCAAAGGACUCUUGGAUUGAGCCUUCACGCUACGGAGAAGAUAGCUGAAGAUGCUGAAUCUCAGGAUCUCAGCAGGCCCCAGACCUCCUCUGCAUCCAUUCCCCUCUCCACUGACACAUCCAGCAAUAUCAUUUGGACAGAUGGAGAUCACGCAGCUUCAUGUAGCCUCAGCAAAUCCUCUUCAAGCAAGAGUGAGCUCUUCACCAAGUCCACGGCUGAUUCUGGAUCCAGAGAUGGCUGUAUUUCUGAUGACAGCAAAGAGCAGGAGAGAAAGUACUCCACAUCGUUUGAAGAGUUUAAUGAAGACUCAAGAGAUCACUCAGAUCAACUCUCUCAUGUCCAUGAAAAAUCAUUUGAUACCAGGGCAUCGAGUUCUCACUCUCAGACCACACAGAGAUCUCAGAGUGUGUGCUCCAAGAAAGUGGAAUCAAAGUAUUUGGGAACUCUCAAAGUUCUGGAUCGUAAAGUCUCUCUGCAAGAGUCUCAGCCACAAGCCGCAGAUUCACUCAGAGCUGCCAUUUACCAGGAAUGGCUUCAAAAGAAAAGGGAAAAGUCAAGAGAGAGCAUGCAGCUAAAGAAGAAAGAGAAAAUCCUGAAAGAAAAAAAGAAAAGGGAAGAAGAAGCUAAAAAGGAAGAUGCUGCUGCAUCAUAUGAGGCUUGGAAAGAAAAGAAAGCAGAGAGUCUCAAAGCAAAAGCCAAAGAAAAGCAAGAUAUGAUCUUGAAAGAGCAAAAAGCGAUUGAAGACAAAGAAGACAAAAGGCAAUCUGCUAAGCAGGUGUUUGAAAAAUGGAAAAGUGAGCACGAUCACCUACUCAAAGAAAAGUACAGAGAACAGAGAGAAGCUGAAAGUAGACUUAAGUUAAAAAAUCAAGAAAAGGAGGAAGAAAGAAAGAGAGACAGCAAAUCUGCUUUUUCUAACUGGUCGAGGUGUGAAAAGAAGAAAGACGUUCUCCAUGAAAAAGUCACGGUGGAGCGUAAAGAAAUCCAAAACAAAGCAGAGGAGGAACGAUACAUGAAGGAAGAGAGAGAUAAAAUAGCUUUAGAGAUGUAUGAAAACUGGCUGGCACGGAAAGAUCUAGAGCAGAAGAGACAAAGAGAGGAAAAACGUAUACAAGCAAUACUCCAAGACAGUCCACCUCCACCAUGGAGCCCUCCGAAUAAAACUAUACCAUUUCGAAAAUAACAUUUGAAAUGUAACAUACCAUCCUGAAAAUAUCUGUGGGUUGUAUGUUACAUUUGAAGUUCGAAGUUUUGUACUGUAUGUUAAAGUGUGUUUUAAAUCUAGUUGAUAACAACUGUUAAAUUGUAUAUUUUGUCAGGUUUUAUAUUAGCCAUCAGCUCUAGUGCAAGUUUAUAUUUUUAUAUUGUUUUUUGGAGAAAUGCGGCAGUAUGUUUAGAAAGUUGGAAAAAUGUUGUGGUCAUGUGACAUGGUGACAUGUCCAUAUCAAAGGAAAGCUAGUGUGAUUACGUGCAAUAAUAUCUGCUAUUACCAUGUUAUACAUCAGAAGAAAAACUAUUGAUGUAAAGGGCUAAUAUAAUUAAACUACUAAUGUUUAUUGUUGA